AUGCUCCACAGCCGCGCAAGAACGAAACCAAAAUUGCAACAGACAGAGAGUAGUGCAGGCGCUGAAGCACGGCGUGGAAGAGACCGCGGUGCGUGUGUGCACGGACGACGGUGCUUGCGCGGUCCUUUGCCAUUCUCCUGCUGCCCCGUCCUCCCUACCCCCACUUCCUUCAGCCGCGCCGACACGCUUCUCUUCUCUCGUCUCCCUCUUGCGGUGCGUCAUGCAGGCUCGUUCCAAUGGCCGGACCUUCGCCACUCGCACGACUUUCAACGCUCAGUUCUUCGGUGUUGCUGUAUUUUUUUGGUACAGCGAAGGGAGCACACGACCUCGAUGAGGGGGGACAUCACAGCGUCGUUCGGCCUCACAGCAAGGGCCUUCGAAACCCACUCAUGUGCCGAGGGGCGAAACCAGACGGGUACGCAAGCGACACGGCUGUCGCACGCACAUAGAAGGCCCUUUUUUCCUCGGCGUCACCACUGCUGUGCCAUACUCGUCAGCUGCAUCACAAUUAUGUACUUGCUCAGCACGCUGCACUUCCUCGUCAUGGAACCGGACGUAAGCCGUGAGAAUGCCGCCGUUUCAGGCAACGAGACGAGCACCAACAUAUCCUCGCCCGGGAUAAGGCUCCUGACGAAUGAGCUCGAGCUGCCACCCAUCCGCGUGAUGGCUGCCGAUCACACAUGCGCCAUGUGCACGAACGGUGUGGUGUAUACUCAAACUGGCGAAGAGGGCGGUCCCGCUGCGGCGGCGAGCAGGCCUGAGAACGUGACUGCUAUGGUGUGCCGCAAGGUUUCAAAGGAGGAGGUCGAUGUGCUGACAUCCGCCGAGGAGUGCGUGGCGCGGCUGCACCGCCUCGGAAUGCUGCAUGCGGUCGCUGCUCGCGAGGAGGACGUGAACGCGUCGUGCGUGCGUGUGACGGUGCCCGCGAUUGUGGGCCGCAUGAGCGGUGGCAGCGACUCAUGCCCCGCGUUCCUGGCUGAGAUACGCCCGGGGAUCGAUAAACAUGCGAAGUUGCAGGUGUGGUUUCCGCGCAUGCCGUCGUGGCCGCUGCCGGGGAGCCGCGCGCUGCCGUACGUCGGGACUGCGGCUGUGCGUGACACGGACAUUGACCGCGACGUUGCGCCGCCCGUGUCGGUAGAGAUAACGAGCGACGGCAGCACGAUCGUGCUACAGUUUGGCCGUGAUGCGACGUCGACGGUGCCGGAGGCUUUCGAGCUGCGGUGCCCGACGCACUUCUUCUCCGUCUUGGUUGGGCGCUGGGGCCGCCAGCACAACCAGCUGCAGGAGCUCCUGCACAGCCUUGCCUUCGCUCGCGCGUCGAACCGCACGUAUGUGCUGCCAUCCUUUACGCCGGAUACGAAUUUGCCGUAUGUGCGCUACAGUGCGUCGAAUCUGUACGGGUUCAACGCGAUCCGGCGCGAGGGGCAGUACUGCCUCGUCACGAACGCUGAGGUGAAGCCGAUCUUCGCGCAGCUGCAGGCGAUGGGCGUUGUGAUGGACAUGCGCCGCGUGGACUACAUGGGCGUCGUGAAACCGCAUCUUUCCCCCCAACAGAUGGCGCAGGAGAUAGUCCGCCGGUGGUGGGUGCUGCCACCGGUGCGCGACGGCGUGCGCAAGUACAACCUCGAGAGCUGGUUUGCCGACUCGAGGUCAUUCUCGCCCCCGCUGCGCUCCGUGGCGGACUACCGCGCUGACUCGGUGCUGUUCCGCGAGUCUGUGGAGCCGCUGAUGGGGGAUGAUUUGUUUCGCACCCCUACUGAGGCUGAGCAGUACAGCAGCUGGGACCGCAUCAAGAUGUUCGCUUCGCGCAUGCUUGAGGUGCUUGGCGGCGACCACGUGGGCGACGACGCGGCAGGUGGGGCCGCGCAGGUGCGGAUGGCCGUGAUAUCCGGCAAGGUGGCGUAUUUCUUUCACCCGCAACUAGAGGAGGUGACGCGGCUGUUCGGGCUGCUGCGCCCGUCCGCACAUGUGUCUGCGGAGGUGGAUCGUAUGUACUCGAAGAGUGCGGCAGCGCUUGGGUGGCCGACGACUGGUUCGACCAAGGACGCUGACGGGCAGCUUGUGAUGCGCGACACGCUACGGCUUGCAAACUUCAAGGGCGUGAUCGGGAUUCAUGCGCGCCUUCGUGAGCGUACGUGUCGUGCCGAGGCCAUGCGCCUCUGGGACACAAACCUCGCGCUGACGGUCGACAGGUACACCGUCGACAGCACGGACCCGAACUGGGCUGGCGUGAAAUCGAUGGUGUCAAGCAUCGAGAGCGACUGCUCGUGGACUGCGGAGUCUGCGGUGGAGCUGUACCUGCAGUACGCGCACUGGCUUAGGUCAACCAUGCCGGCCACGUUUGGCCACGAUUACGUGCCGACGACCUAUGUUGCGUACGACGACCAGAGUGGGCCGAUGGCAGACGACAUGGAGAGGAUCAUACAGCUGCUUCCCGAGGAGGUGGUCGUGAAGGACAUCGGCAACCUAACCGCGCAGUACCCGCGGCGUUUUGUGGCGUCGUACGACGGCCGCAUCAAAACUAGUCUUAGAGCUGUUUACAAUGCUGCGCGGGCGAAGGCGGUCGAACAGCUGGAGGUGCACGCAAGCUCGCCGAAUUACUACGCGCUGCUGCAGAAGGCUUUGCUGAACAUGUUAUACGAGCCUGGUUUGAGGGAGAUGCAGGCCAUGUCGCUCGACUACAUCGUGCUCACGAACACGGAGGUGUUCCGCGGCAACAUCAUCUCGUCUGUGGCGACGAACGUGAUGCUGCGCCGUUGGGGCCGUGGACUCCCCGCUCAUGGUUUACUGGCUGGGUACCUCGAGUCGUUUUACACGGGCUUAUACUGA